ACCUUCAAGUUUCCUAACCAAUAUCCUAAAACUUGCUCAAUUACUCCUACGAUUUUCAUCCUCAUGGAUUCUGCAUUCCGCAGUUUGGAAAUCACUGUCUUAUCCGCAGAAAAUUUACGUCUGGAUGGAAAAUCUGUGAAAAAAGACACGUUCGUUGUGGUGAAAUUUGAUCCUCUCAAUUCUAAAUCAACCAAGGCUGAUCACGAAGGGGGGAGCAAUCCUUCCUGGAAUCAAAAACUCGAAAUGGAGAUGCCAAUGCAUGCUGGGUUUAUUACCUUAGAAGUGCAAUGCAGGAUUAGCUCAGCGAAUAGAGUAAUUGGCACAGCUACGGUUCCUGCUUCUGACUUCUUGGGAGGUUAUACCCCAGUAAAUUAUUUGCAUUUCUUGAGUUAUAGGCUGAGGGAUUUGAGGGGUGAAAAGAACGGUAUCAUUAAUAUUUCUGUGAAAGUGAAGGGGGUAGCAGUUGAUUACAUGGCUCAUGCCGUGAGAAAGAAUUUGUCUGGUUAUCCGUAUUCUUCUUCUUCUUCUUCUUCUUCUUCCUCAUCAUCGUCGUCGCAGCCAACCUGGGGAGUACCUGCUGGCGACAAGAAUUAUCAUGGAGUAGCAACAGGUGUUCCCAUUUGGUGUGCAUCUCGUGCUUAAUUGAUUAAUU